CUCUGCAGUAGGAAGGCUUCGAGUUCAGCACCUGCACACUUGUCAAAAGAGGACAGAAGCGGCCAGUAAGGAGGACCAGGAGUUUUUUCCCUUUUUUUAAACACUUUCUGAGAACAGAACUAGUAGACUUUAUAUGAGCAGCUUUUAUCUCCUGCGUUUGCAACAAUCCGGGCAGGUUUAGACGCUUUUCUGCAACGUGGAGCGUUUAUUUGACAUUUUAUAACCAGAUAAGAACAAGAUUUUCUUCUUUAAACUGACAAAGUCCAAAUGUAAGGAUUAUUAUUUUUACUUCGAGCUAAUUUUAACUCCUUCAAUACCAAAUAUAGUCAACGGGGGAUUAUUUUGGAGUGGUCUUGGCGUGAAUCCGAUGCGCUUUAUUAAGCUCUGCCCAAUACAGAGUGAGGAAACCCAGCGCCUCACUGGACUGCAUGAUUUGUGAAGCUCAAUAAUUCAUAAUUGGACUAUAUUUCUGGCGGUUACUGCGUGUUUACUGAUUGUAGCACUGAUCUAGACCGUCACCUGUCUUUUGUGGCUAUAAUUGCAGCACUUAUUUAUGUAAUUGCCGUAUUUAGAAAGCUGUUUGUGCUGGCUGAUAUUCGUGUGCAGGAUAAUUUGAACUAUUUCACAUUUAUACGUUAACCGAUUCACAAAAGUCAGUUUUGGUGUGGUAAAAAAACGGCAUGUCUUACCACACCGGUGCCUUAACGUGUUGGAAGACCUGGCUGGGCCUGCUCCUCCUGGCUGUGACCGCGGGGUGCCGUGAGGACGCCUCACAGCCUCAGGAGCCCCCCAGCGCGGCUUCGCCCAGCUUCGCCUCCUCCUUCACUGAAUACAUGGUCCCGGUUCUCGGCUACGUGGAGUCCGUGGUUGGGACGCAGGUCAUGAAGGCGUGUAGUGAGAAAGCAGUAGGGUACCUUGAAUCAGUGUUUGGGCCAGACAACGUCAGUGCUAUUGCCAUGUUUGUGGAGAUGGUGCUCCGGUUUGUGGCAGAAGGAGCUGCCAGCGGACUGAAUGUCAUCGCUGUUUAUGUGUCCGAGAUUCUUCGUGCAACCGGACUGGGAGAUCCAGUGUCCAUCCCACACUUCACUGCUGAGGGCGUGUCCUCGGUGGUCAAGUGCGCAUUGCUGGGAGUGAUUGCUUACUGGCUGCUGUGUGCUGUGCUGCGUGUUGGAGUAUCGUUGCUAAGGCGAGUCUUCUGGCUCGUGAAAAGCAUCGUCGUCGUCUGGCUCUUCAUCCGGAUCAUCAGUGACCCGACUGCAGCGCCCGACAUCACAGCAGUGCGGGUGUCGUUACUGGUCAUUUUCUGUGCUGUGGUGAGUGUGGCCUCUGGGAGCGUUAGUGGGACAAACUCGGCCUGUCUGGAGAAUCGGCUGAGCACCUUGGAAGGAAAAGUCAAAGUGAUGGAGAAGAGGAAAACGGAGUGAUGUGCGACUAAAUAAAACAAGAGAUAGAGGAAAAGAGCAGAGGGUGGCCAUGUAAACAAUGGGACUUCAUGUACUGGAAUAAAACAGUAUUUUGGUGUGUU